CAGGGGUGCCAUGUGACAAGGUGACGUCACACCCGGAAGUGGAAGUCAUCAAAAUAACAAAAACAUAAGAGAUGGAGACUUGCUUCACUAGAGGCAAGUCUGCUAUUUUGGAGCGGCCUCUCAGCCGACCUAAGACCGAGGUGAGCGUGAGCGCCUUCGGCUUGCUGUACUCGGAGGUGGUGCAGUACAGCCAGAGCCGGGUGUACUCGGUGUCCGAGCUGCAGGCCCGGCUGGCAGAGCUGGGUCAGCGGGUGGGAGCCAGUCUGCUGGACGUGCUGGUCCUGAGGGAGAGGAGCGGCAAGAGAGAGACCAAAGUGCUGAAUAUACUGCUUUUCAUCAAGGUAUCGGUUUGGAGAGCCUUGUUUGGCAAAGAGGCAGACAAGCUGGAGCAGGCCAAUGACGAUGACAAGACGUAUUAUAUAAUCGAAAAAGAGCCCCUCAUCAACAUGUACAUCUCUGUCCCGAAGGAGAACAGCACCUUGAACUGUGCAGCCUUUAUCGGAGGCAUCGUAGAUGCCAUCCUCACCCACAGCGGCUUCCCCGCCAAGGUGACAGUCCACUGGCACAAGGGCACCACGCUCAUGAUCAAGUUUGAUGAGGCGGUGAUAGCCAGAGACAAAGCCCUGGAGGGCAGAUAGGGCAGGGACAGAAGAGAGUGAAGAUUGGAAGAGAGAUUAAGAGUGUGUGUGUGUGUGUGUGUGUGUGUGUGUGUGUGUGUGUGUGUGUGUGUGUGUGUGUGUGUGUGUGUGGCUGCAGGUCUGAAUGUUAAAUAUCUGCUGGAAUGUCUGUAACAUCGCUGCAGGGACACUAUAGGUGAAGGCAGUGUGUUUAUUUGAUUGGAAAGAGUGGACUGUAAGUUCACUGAUUCACGAUAACAUGAAAAUGCAAAGGAGAGCAGGGCUGCACAUAACAAUUAUUUUCGUUAUCAAUUAAUCUUCAAAUAAUAUGCUUGGUUAACUGUUAUCAGAAUAAUUAUCAGAAAAUUGUGAAAUAUGCUCAAUAUAAUUUACAAGAUUGAAGAUGACAUAUUCAAAUAGCUUUUUUCCGAUCAACAGUCAAAAACCCAAAUAGAUGCAGUAUACUGCAUCUUCACAGUUAUCACAAUUGUUGAUUAAUUGAGUAGUUGUUUCAGCUCUAAAGCAGAGUGUGCUGUAUAUUGUGUUGAAUGCACUGAAUGUAUCUGUUACUCAGGCAUAUUUAUUUAUUUCACUCCUUUGCAGUGGAAAGUAAGACUUACUGGGACAAAUUUAGAAUGUAAACAUUGCACUCAAAUGUCAAUUUAUUUAUUAAUAUGAAACAUUUGGCUAAUCUUGUGUUGCAAGUGAGGUUCCUGUGUUAUGUAGUGCAUAUUAAGCCAACCCUAACCAUUUACAACCAAACAGAUGUUGGGAAGUCUUCCAUUUCCCCAUAUUAUCAUAUUAGUGUGUAAAAAAAAAAAAAGAACGCAUGGCAGGCCUGAUAGGGUCACAUUUGAAUCCUUCACAGACUGUCUAAACAUGGUGGUGUUGUGGGGUUUCCACAACACUGUAACACAGUCUUAACAGGGAUGUACUCAGGUGACGGAGCUUUACUUGUGUAAUAUGUUCAGUCUGUCAGUUUAUACCUGAUUUUGCUCUGAAAAUGUAAAUAAAUACAUGAAUGCAUGUUUUUUGAUAAAGAUAUUUUUC